AUGACUUCUUCGGGGAUAGUGGUCAUACCGACCGUCACGACGGUGCUGCUGCUGCUGCUGCAUUCCGGAACUGGCUUCAAUCUGUCACCCGAGCCGAACUAUGUAUUUCACGAACCGGCCCUCAAGAUGCACAAGAAUAAGGUGCGCAGCUCUAACUUUGGCUACGCGGUCUUCCUUCGAGAAAGUAGCGUGCUCGUUGGCGCUCUUCAGGCACAAUCCGACGUACCGGCUCAGCCGAAAGUAACCGGAACGGGUGUCGUGUACCAGUGCCAGUUCACCGAUGGCAGCUGUGAACCAUACUACUUCGAUCGGGUGGGUAACACGCAUCAGGAGCAGUCAGACUUUGCGUACGAUUCGGAGAAAAGGGAUCUGGACGCCAGCGUGGACGGGCACGGAGCCGAUGGUGAUUGUGUAUCGAAGACGUUCGACGAGCUGUGGGAGUGCUAUCAGCUGCGCGGCGUAUGUCACGUGUCAAAUGGAACCGAGAGCGACGAACCGAAGGAUAUGGGACAGGUUGUACCAUUGCGUUCGAAAAAUAAACGGUUGCAUAAGGAUGCGGAGCAGUGUACCAGCGCGCACCUAACGGACGAUGGGAAGGAGAUCCUGAUCGGUAAACCGGGAAUUUUCAAUGGGCACGGCACUGUCAUCCGUUAUCGGCGGCGCAUCACCGACGAUUGCGGCGGCCUAAGUCGGCGCGACUCUACGAACGGAAACCCACGCCCAACGAACCGCCACAAGUGCGGUUACUUCAGCGAUGUCCCGAUUCCAUACUUCAACCACAUGCAGAAUGAUUCCUACUUUGGUUUUGCCGUGAGUUCAGGACGCUUCCUUCCGGACCAGACGCUACUGUACGUGGCGAGUGCACCUCAGUCGAACGAUCAAGUUGGCGAAGUGCUUAUCUUUGAUAUUGUGAACGCGGACGAGGCACAGAUUAAGGUACACUUCACCAUCACUGGGCAGCAGCAGGGCGAGUACUUUGGCUAUUCGCUCCUAACCGAAGACUUCAAUGGGGACGGGUUUCCGGAUCUUGCCAUCGGUGCACCGAUGCACAGCCGAACGGGCGAUUAUGACACAGGCACAGUGUACGUCUAUUGGAUAAGCGAAGGAGAGUGGAACUUUCGACAGCAGAUUGCGCUUACCUCAGCCUACGAGCAGAGUGGCCGCUUCGGGACCAGCCUUGCCAAGCUCGGUGACAUCAAUAUGGACGGUUACAAUGACAUUGCCAUCGGUGCUCCGUUCGAGGGCGAUGGAGUCGUUUACAUAUUCCUUGGUUCCGCCGAUGGUUUACAAUCGAAGGCAAGCCAGCGGCUGACGGCACCAGCCAAUGAGCUUCGUUGGCCCGGGAAACCCCUGUUUGGGCAUGCCAUCUCCGAUGGAACCGACAUUGAUGGGAACGGCUUCCCAGACCUAGCGAUCGGUGCCCCUAACAGUGAAACGGUGUACGUCUAUCGAACCUAUCCCGUACCGCGCAUCGCAUGUGAUGUGUACUCGUCAAAGCAUGAGCUCUCGAUCGAGGACACCAUGUUCGAUCCGACCGUUUGCCUUACCGGGAGCUUCACUGUUGAUCUUUACAAGCCGGUCGAGCUAAGCUACAGUCUCAGCGUCGACACUCAGAUGGGCCGUGUGACGUUCCUCGAUGGAUCAGGAAGCGCUAGUAGACGUAACGGUACCAUCACCCUACGUGAGGACUCGCCCGAUCAGUGUCAAAAAAUCGCAGCUCGACUGAAUGCGACCUCGGCCAGCAUCUAUCUACCGAUCAUCCUCGAGCUCAACUACCAGCUGCUGAACGCGCCUCCAACGAACGCAUCCAGUGAUGUACCUUUCUGUGAGAAUUGCGUUAUGCUUGAUCCGAAUGAACCAGCUCGGCUAGUUCGGAAGGUUUUUUUCAAAACUGGAUGCCGGGGUGAAGUUUGCAUGUCCGAUCUACAGUUGUCGGCCCGGUGGUUAGACAUUGAUAGUGAAGGAGAAUACAUUCUGGGCAGCACGACGAAGGCUUCCCUCGAAUUCACCGUUUACAAUGAUGGUGAAAAUGCGUACCUACCGCAGCUGAAUGUAACACUCCUGCCAGCUGGACUUACCCUCGCCAAUCUGACGUCCGAGUGUCGCCAGACGGUGACGAUCGAAAGUGUAAAUUUACUGUGCGAUCUGAACAGUGGACUUCUGCUGAAGGCGUCCCACACCGCUAAGUACACCCUGGAGCUGGAUAUGACGAAACUUGAGGGUGGUACAGUGUCCAAGGCAGAGAUACGUGCAGAGGCGCUCAGCACUAGCGAAGAGUUGGUACCGAUGGAUAACUUUUACGAAACGACACUGUCACUGCGGGAGUACAGCGAGAUCGAGUUCGUCACGAAUUCCUCCCCGGAGAAAUCCCUCGUGAGACUGGAAGGCAUGCAAGAUAAUGAAUUCGAGCGGAAUCUGCUCAACAAUGGUCCGAGUGUGUUCAGGAAUUUCGAGAUCACGCUGGAUGUUCCGCUCGUUUACCACAAACCGAACACCGGUGGCCAAACGUACAAGUUGAUCGACAUAAACACGAUCGUUGUGAGCGCUUACUAUAGCAACAAAACGCUCGAUUACGCAUGGAUCCAGAACGGUGAAGAUCUGUUACUGAACCCGAUCGAUCAUGGGUUGAUCGCUGCACAAACGAACAUGAUCGAUGAUAUAUUGCUUAAACUGCCUCCUGGAAGGAAGCUACUGUUCAGCUGCUUUGACGACAUUGACUUGUACGGCCAGUGUGCACGGUUGACAGUAGCCGUUGAUCUCUUCCCUCCCGGUAAUGUACCGAUUGUUUUAAAGCUUAGCUUUCAGCUCGAUCUGGAUGCGGUCGCGAGUGCUCUCCAUGAACCUGAAGACAGCUUUGUGCUACUCAUGAUGGGCAAUGUGCAGCAGAAGCGAGAUCCAGCGGGAACAGCGGAGCAUUCGCGCUUUGAGCUAACGAGCAACAAGCUAUUCGGAAGCACCCUAUCGACACGUAGCAUACCGAAGUGGAUUCCACUGACAGUGUUGAUUCUUCAAGCGAGCAUCCUCGCCGUAUUGACGGUCUCCCUCUUCAAUCGAAUUAUAUAUAAGCGCAUUAGAGAAUGGUUCUUCAUCCGAGCCAAGAAGGAGGAGAUUGAGACACACCAGCAUGAGAACGUUCCUCUUAAUGAACCAACUCCGCCCUCGAGUAGUGAUGGUCCUGUGGAAGUGAACGAGGGAGUCCGAGAAACGAUGGUAUAA